AACAAACCGAAGGAGAAACUCAAUGGAAACGUGUAGUAGUAUCAAAACACAACGUUUGCUGACGAUUACAUAAUGUAAACUGUUUUUGAAGUCACACUGGAGAGCAUUUCAUACAUAAAGAAUAAUGUCUAAGCGCAAGAGAAACCUUGGCAUGAGAUGUGUGUUAUUUCCAGACGACGUGAAGGAUGCCUUCCGAAAGAGCAGAAAAGAACCAAACAAGACAUCAACACCAGCCACAAAGUCCUGGGAGAGAUGUGGCGAAAGUUUUCUGGACACAUCUGUCAUCCAGAAUCUACAAACAUCAGAAAAGACAAGCAGAGAUGUCCGGAAAGUGGUUCAGACACAUGUGACCGCUGGAGUUAGAGAGGCCAGCACAGAUGAGCCAGUACACAUUGCCUGGAGCUCCAGUGAAGAUGAAGAGUCAGACACUGAAGAUCCUCCUCGACAGACACCACAAACAUCCAGAGCUCACAAACUACAUCCUGUCCAUUAUUACAGGAGUCUGCGCAUGCUCAGCGCUGGUGUGGACAUGGACGACCUGCCUUCUAUAGAUUCAGACAGUGAGACAGAGGAAGACAAUUCCACUUCAAAGGACCAAAUCGACUUUCCAAACCCUGUUGCAUCUCCGGCCGACAUCUCUGUCUACUCGUCUAAUGAUGAUGAUGAUCCAGAGGAGAACAGGACCGAUUCUUCUCUCCUGGACCCGGCCGACACCAGCAAACAGUCGGUCAGUGAGUGGGUGCGUUCUGCUCAGGCCAUUCUUCAGACGCCCCAGAAACAAACCACCAGAACCAUCAAGACCCCCGAGGACUCCAGUAAGAAGAACAGAAGGUUUGAGAGAGGAGGUCUUGCUGAAAAGCUGAACCGACUCCACAGCCGGCAAAGAUCAGCUAUAAGCUUCUGGAGACAUCAGUGCAACUCAAGCACAUCAGCUGCUGAUAGGCCAGGUGUCCUGGCGCUGAGGAUUCUGGGAGUUCGGGAGGAAUGUGGCAUGCAUGCCGCCGUGUGCUACAGACUGCCAGAGAAUGAGAAGUGUGUAGCGCUGUUCAGCAAAGACACGGCCGCCCAGCUUCAACCCACACCUGGAGACAUCGUCCACAUCUACCCCCCCUGGCAGAAUUUGGUUGUCGAGGGAGAGCUGUAUCCCAUAAUUCUCAACACACAUUUCAGUCAGAAAGUUUGCGUGGAGACUGAUAACGUUGCUUGUGUGAGAUCUGGGGUCUCGGUUGAGAAAUGCCGACCGCCGCAGUUAACCCGCUGCCUGUGGAGGUCAGAGACAAGCCGAGGGUCAAGCGAGAAAUCUGUGUCAUGUGAACAGGUCUCAGAGUCUUCCUGCUUGGACCGCAGGUGUGUUAGAGACUCUCUGCUGGACGCAGUGGAGGAUUGUGGGUCGUCGGGGUCUCAGGGGGGACCUGUCGAGGUGGUUGUUCAAAGAGUGUACUGUAUACCCAUCAGUCGCUCUGAAAGAGUCUCUCUUCUGCACAGAACACCCGGCAGACCUCCAUCACGACCUCAAGCAUCCGACCAUGUCGGCAGGUUGUGUGCUGUGGUUCAGGAUGGCUACGGCAUGUUCGCUGAUGUUCUCCUGCAGCGUGUGUCCACAGACGCUGAGAUCCAGCAGAGCUCUGAACAGCUGGAGGGCCGCGUGUGUGUCCUUCAGGGCCUGAGGGUCAUCCAGCGCCUCACCCGGGACAGAUGUUCUUCGCUUUUCAGUUUGAUUGACAGUUUGUGGCCUCCGCUGGCGGCACCGAAAUCUCAUGAAGAUCUCCUACAGUCUCCCAGCGGUAAAGUCCCAACACCAAGUUUCUGCUAUAGGCUGAGUGUCCAGAAGGGUCACAUGGUUCCUCUGUCAGGACUGGACGUGUCACCUCUGUAUCGACCACCUGUACUACAGACGCUAAGAGAAAUCACUCAGGAUGCAUCGGUAAAGCAUCGUUGCAGCUUUCGUGGCGCUUUGGUUCAUAAACAUUUGCUGGGCUGGAAUGCGGGUGAGAUGUUGCUGUUUGUCACCGAUGUCAGUCUUCAAACGGAGCUGAACGCUGAGAGCGUCAGGAGAAGCGCCUCCGUGUGUGUGAGCCCGUCCUGUCUGAUCCCAAGCUGGGUUUCACAGGCGCUGGACGACUCGCAGGGACGACCCGUUCUGAGGUUCAGAGACGCUGUGAUGGAACACGGUCAAAUAUUCUGUGUGGAACAGACAGUGAUGGAACUGGAUCCAGACGAGCCGACCUUCAGCGUGACCCGGCCAGUAAGACUGGACCAGCUGACUCCACAAACCCCUCCGCACUCGCUCUGCACUCUCACAGGUGUGAUUGUGGAAGUGGAUGAAAGCACGGCGUUCUCGUGGCCGGCCUGCAGUCGCUGUGGGAGUUGUCGUCUAGAGACGGCUCAAGGGGAAGGAUUCCAGUGUUUAAUGUGCGGAGCGAUGAUGGAUGAACCCAACACAAAGAUGCGGCUCGAUGUGUUUGUGUGCUGUCCGUCCAUGAGACACUGUACGGUCAAAGUUAAGUUGCAUCAAAAGACCAUCACGUCUCUCCUGAACUCAACACAAAGUCCCGAGGGUUACUCGGUGGAACAUGUACUUGGGACGGAGAUCGGACCUCUGAGUGCCCUGGUCCAAGUCGUCAACACAAGUCACGCUGUUUGGAUGCUUUUGGAGGAGUUUGACCUCCACUGACUAACACACUUAUCUGUUGUGGUCUCCAAACCCAAAGAUAGAAAUCAAUCAACAUGGGUCUGCUCCGCCUCCAAACUGAUAUAUAAUAAACAAACUCAGAGAAAGAACAUCACAGAGAUAGAUGUCUGGAGGACUGUUUGAUGGCUCAUUCUGUAAAGUUUACUGUAAUGCUAUGGACCAUAUACGUGCUAUCACUUACAUGCCUGUGAGGCAGAGAGUCGCUGCUAGCCAUAUAACGGUGAUGUUAAAAUGAAUUUGUGUUUAAAAAAGUUCUGAUACUUGAUGUUUGUUUUCUGCUCUCUUUAAAUACUGACAUUGAACACUUUAAAUAAAACAUUAUGCCACAA